AUGAUUUAGUUUUUUUGGCAAAUAGGGAAUUCUUUAGUUAAGGAUGGCUCUUACAACAAUUUAUAAAUAUUGAUUGGUUGACCACUGUGAAUGUACACGGCCAAAACUAACAGAAGGACCAAAUUAAAAUGCAUUAAUUAGAAUAAAGACUAAUAUGAUAGAUUUAUUAGUUGAAGGACCAAUGCAGGAUAGUUUAGGCAUUCCUUUUAAUAUCUCACUCAAAUUUUGCAAGGAGCCAACACGGAACUAUAAACCGUACAACUUCCAACUUCUGCACUUGAGUGCCUCGAUUCGGACCUUCUUCAAUUUUUCUCUCACAUUCGGACCUGUGCUUUACACACACAAAAAAAUCCCAGGCGGUCCAGAGCUUUGGCCAGAACAGUCUCCUCAAUCCUUCUGUCGUCCACAGCCUGCUCUAGCACUCGUCCAUCUCAAGACCUCAUCUUCAAAUUCACCAUCUCCAGCGGCGACCAUAAACAUUGAAGGAUGGACUGAUUUUUCUCAUCAAUUCUGACCACCGGUGGACAAAGAAGAUUAUGCAGAUAAAUUUUGAUUUCUUCUUCUCUUUUUCUUCCCCUUCUACUCCCUCCUUUUCUUUUGCUCCACAGAAGAACUUUGCUUCUUUUUUCUUACAUGAACCUGCUAUGUUUUUUAAUUUAUUUUUUGUUCCCUUUCUUUUCCUUAUUCAGAUCUGGACUUUUCAAGUUUUUCUCCUGCUUUAAUUUCUUCUCCUUUUUCUUUUUCUAUUUUUCUUUCACAUUUUAUUGUUAUACGGAGUAUUGUUUUAUUUUCUCUUUUACAAUAAGGUAAUAAUUUUACACUCAUGUCAAUUAAUUUUUUUUAGUCCAAAAUAAUUUUAUGAUUUGAAUUCUAAAUAUGCAUAAAUCGCUAAGCUAGUAAUUUAUGCAUUAAAAUGAAAAUGCUACCCCUUUUCAUAUAUAACACUAAUAAUGCCAUGUUUUCCGUAUAAAAUGUUAUGUUGACACUUUGUGUCAUUUUUAUGGCAGUAAUUCCUUCAACAUGGCAAAAACAAUACCAUAAGUGCCACAUUUUUUCACAUAUAUAUAAACAUGUAAUUGUUGCACAUAUUGCCAUCUAUAUGGCACUAACUAUGUAGCAAUGACAUUAUCAUUUCUCCUACAAAUCUAACAUUUAUAAUGCCAAUGAAAUGUCAAAAUGACACUCAAAUUCAUAUCUGAGAUCUUUAAUGGAGGAGCCAAACAUGGUGGUGCUACAAGAAGUGUGGUUGACCAAUGGCAGGCGGCUACUAGCGGCGGAUGCACCUAACAACCGUAAUGCCGACAUAAGCGGCGAUAACGAUGAAGAUUGCGACGACAUCUAUUGGCGGCGGCGGGAGGCGGGUGUUGGGCGGCGGCAAGGGGUGAUUGGCGGCGGUAACUGGUGCAGGUCCUGUCCCUUGGGUGGUGUUGGCGGCAACUUCUGCAGGCUGGGGUGGGCAUGAGGGGAAAAUACGUAGCGUGUAAUGCAUUUAGUUUAUUAUUAUUCUAUUUUAUAUUUUUACUAAAUAGAUGGAGUAUUCAUUAAGGGCAUUCUUGUCCAUUACUGUUAAUUUCCGUGUGGUGAACUUCAAGUGAGAUAGGAGUCCUAUUUUGGCAUAUUUGGUAUGUUCUGCUCUUAAACGGAGAAUUCUCUCUCUGUUAUAUGAUCCAACCAUCAUUCAAUUACACAAAGACCGUAUAUCUUCUCUCAAUGAAAGCACCG